CUUCGUUGGCUUUUGAGGAUGUGGUGGACUACGGCGACGUAUGUGCAGAGAUUGCUCGAGGGGUAUACUCGGGCCGGAUUUGGGGAACUUGUCCCUCCGCCGGGGGGGCCGAAGUACUUGAUGCCGUCCGAGGGGUUGAUUUUUGGGAAUAAGAAGCCGGAUGUGGACAGUGUCGAGAGUGUUGUUGCGGGCUUGGUUUACGGGGGGUUGCUGCAGGGGUUUAUUGCGAGGCAGCAGGGGAAGUUUGCGGUGGAGGGGGCGAAGAGGUACGGGGGGAAUGCGGUCAGGGCUGGGUGGCCUGGGGUGUAUGAAGCGCUUGGGCAGAGGUUUAGGGAGAGCUGGGAGGAGGGGCUGGAGGCUGCGGAUAGGGGGGAGGGGGAGGUGGUGGGGGAGUUUGGGGAGUGUCCUGGUUGGGUGAGGGAUUCGAGCUGA